UUUUCGUGACGUUUCAUCUCCAGGAUCAUUCACGUCCACCCAUUAAGAAGAAUUCCAGUUCCGCUGUUCCUCCAGAUCUUCAUAACAGUGAUUUUUCUGACACUGUCGACGGUCCAGGGUGUGCGGAUCUGACAGCAGAGCUCCUCUCCCUGCAGGCUUUGCAUCCAUAUUCUCCACAUUUGUGCAGCUGUGGUCUCACCUCCACCAGCACCAACAUGCAGAAGAGAAGGAAGCCAGAGCCGAUCCAACUCAACCCGAUCCCGGAUGGAAACACGAUCAACGGAACCGGAGCCACAGAAACAAACUUGGAGGCGCUGCAGAAGAAAUUAGAGGAGCUGGAACUGGAUGAACAGCAGAGGAAACGCCUUGAGGCCUUUUUGACACAAAAGCAGAAGGUGGGAGAGCUGAAGGAUGAUGACUUUGAAAAGAUCUGUGAGCUGGGUGCAGGAAAUGGAGGAGUUGUCUUCAAGGUCUCCCAUCGUCCUUCUGGUCUGAUUAUGGCGAGAAAGCUGAUUCACCUGGAGAUCAAACCUGCCAUCAGGAACCAGAUCAUUAGAGAGCUGCAGGUGCUGCAUGAGUGUAACUCCCCCUACAUCGUGGGCUUCUACGGGGCUUUUUACAGUGACGGGGAAAUCAGCAUUUGCAUGGAACAUAUGGACGGCGGCUCUUUGGACCAGUCACUGAAAAAAGCAGGCAAGAUCCCAGAGCAGAUCCUUGGCAAAGUCAGCAUCGCUGUCAUUAAAGGGCUCUCCUACCUGAGGGAAAAACAUAAAAUCAUGCACAGAGAUGUCAAGCCUUCUAACAUCCUAGUGAAUUCCCGUGGUGAGAUCAAGCUCUGCGACUUUGGAGUGAGCGGACAGCUCAUAGACUCCAUGGCCAACUCCUUUGUGGGCACACGCUCUUACAUGUCUCCAGAGCGUCUACAAGGGACCCAUUACUCGGUUCAGUCAGACAUCUGGAGUAUGGGUCUGUCCCUGGUCGAAAUGGCUAUUGGACGCUUCCCCAUCCCACCGCCUGAUGCAAAGGAACUGGAACAGAUUUUUGGCAUCCCAGUGGAGGGGGAAGCAGCCUCCAGCGAGUCUUCUCCAAAGCCACGGCCUCCUGGGCGACCAGGCAGCUCAUAUGGACCAGACAGCAGACCUCCAAUGGCAAUAUUUGAGCUUCUUGAUUACAUAGUUAAUGAGCCCCCACCUAAGCUGCCUGGGAUAUUUAGCACUGAAUUCCAGGAUUUUGUGAAUAAAUGUUUGAUUAAGAAUCCAGCAGAGAGAGCAGAUCUCAAACAGCUAAUGGUACAUGCUUUCAUCAAGCAGUCUGAGGCAGAGCAGGUUGAUUUUGCUGGUUGGUUGUGCACCACUAUUGGACUCAAUCAGCCCGUCACACCCACCCACGGAACAGCCAUGUAAAGUGUGCUCUGCUUCAACAGUCACCGCAUCCCAAGGUUCGCUGAUGAAUUGAUUUGUAUCAUGUAUCUGUUUAUAUAAAGUAUUAAAUGCGUUAAAAGUUGUGUUAUCAAUAGUUGUAUAUUUAGUGUACAAACCAACUUGCCAAGUGAAAUUUACUAUCAAACAACUCUAGGCUGUAUUGCAGGCCUGCCUGAAAAGCCAUCUUUUUCUAAUGAUCAAAUUAUUUAAAUGACAAAUGCUGCUUAACCUGUGUGCUUGAUAUUCCUCUUCACCCCAUGUCCUUUAAGCUCAAAAUUUGUUGUGAUAAAGAGUCUUGUGAAUAAAAAGAAUGACAGGUCUGA